AUGAAGAGUUUUCUCGUCGUCGUGUUCUGUGUUGCCGCCGGCUUCGACGGAGUGCUGUGCGCGGAUAGAACUCUCAAAAGAUACCCCCGACAAGUAGAGUACGCAGAAGGCAAUGUAGCCAACUCGGGCCAUUCACCCGAUGUCCGCGGCAACUAUGCGGUUCCCAGUUUCUCGAGACCAGCGACGUCUGCGAGCUAUCCGGGCGAUCUUAGUGUCUUCCUCACAACGUCCCCCAUUCCUUCUUCCAGGGAUACCGAUCGAAAAGCGAGGGACCGGGACGAAAUCGCAUCGCGAGUACCCGAUGCUUUGAUUCCGCGGAAAAACCGCUCACUGAAAAAAACCGCUGCAACGCGCAACAGUCCCGUCAUCGUCCCGUACGAUCAGACCGGCUCAAAGUUUGACCCCCCACCUCCGGCGCACGACGCGUUCGCCGUGAGAUCGGCGUCUCCUCCGUACAAAACCUACGAUCGAGACGACAAUGACGUCGAUUCGGAGGAGUACCGGCCGGUCCGCGUGGCUCGAGGCUACGAGGAUCGCUACGAUCCGAAUUACAAUCCCGUCGGACGAGAUCAACCGAGAGACAGCGGAGACGGCCGUGAUAGCGCGAUGGAAAACGACGGUGACGGCGACGACUCGCGAGAGGUCUCGUCCCGGGAGAACUACGACAACAGGCGACCUCGGGCGGAACGGUACCGAGGUCCUCCGCCGCCACCGUCUCAAGUUUACCCAAGUCAGCACGACGCUCGCUCGUCGAGGCAUCAGGACUUUAGCGGAGAACAGAGAGAAGACUUCCAUCCCGAAGACAAGCGCCAUUACGAUCUGCCUCUGCCCGCCAGAGCGCCCUCCAUCCCACCUCCGUCCCCCCACGAAGAUGUUCCUGUUUCGAUGCCAGAACCCUCGGCCCAUCGGGGCCGGAGACGCGAGCACGGAAGCCACAAACGCUUGAAACCUCUGGGCAUAGUUUACGCUCUGCCGCAGGACGACGGCACCUAUAAAUUACAGCAGAGUGGCCAUCAGAAAGCGAUCCAGAUAAAAGUGGAUGAUCCCGCGGAAGUCAUAAAUCUCUCACAGCUGGGCUUGAGUCUCGACGGUGAUCGCGGUGAGGUGCCGAGCGAGAAUAUCGUAGUGCAGCAUGUGGGCUCGGUUCGUCAGGACUCUCGGCCCGCGUACGCUGCCGUCAGAGCGCCGUACGGUCAGCAGGGCAUAUUUCUCUCAACCCACAAUUCAGACGCGGGUAGCGGGUCCGGGAAGGGUCUGCUAUCUUCAAUGACCCGGUGGAGCCCUCUCGGAGGAUGGGGCAUCGGAAAUCUGUUCACGAGACGGACAAAGUCCUCUCCCCACGAAGCGAUUCUCGUCCAUCACGCAAACGGUGCCGUGAACGGUGCCGUCAGCGUACCCUUGGAAGCGAUUCCCCACGUUCACAGAUUUCGUCCCACACCCGGACACGAAAUCAUUGUGACACAUCCACCGCUCAACAAACGUUCCGAUUCGGUUGACCUCAAGGCCAAGAGGGUCCGGAGACGACGAAGCACCGAAGACCAACUGGGGUCAAAGCAACAAAAACAAAAGACUUCUGAACUUGGCAAUCAGCCGUCGGCUUCGGGUCUAUUGCCCAGAUACAGCGAAGAUGAAAGUGGAUACUACGCGCCGUAUACAUUACGGACUUUCGCAAACCUAGCGAAUAUUUUCCGAGCCACCGACGAUGACAAGGAGGAGUCGAGCGAUAGAUACACGACCCAGCGCGCUCAGCCCCGUUUCGGGCAAGUACGGGAAGCUCGCUCGGACAACGGUCAAGACUUCACCGAACAGAAAGCGCACAACCAGCUGGGCAGCGGGAACUUCGAAGUAAUUCGGGGCGGCAUUUUCAAUAAUGACGAAAUUUCCACAAACCACCUCGGUCAAGGGAACGCUAACGACAAUCAUAAUCACCAACAGAAGAGCAAUAAUAACUACUACACGAACAACCCUUAUCGUGCCACGGUGCUUACGGACAAUCAUCGUGACGUGCGGCACCAGAACCCGUCGCCGUUCGAUGUGUUCGGCGACGACGACUCGGACGAUCAGGUGUUCGGCUUCCAAGGCUUCGAGGACUUCGCGGCCCCUCUGAACAACGCUCUCAGUCGGCAUCGACAUCUGCUAGGAGCGGCCGCUUCUGAAACGCAUGCGAAAACCACCAAACCCCUUUCGCAAAUACAUUCGAGCGGUGGGGAAACGAACAAGUCUCAAGACCACAUGUCGAGUGCCACAGAACACUUCACGGUGAUCGAUACUUCGCGUCAGGUCAGAAGGAUCGAUGACCCAUUCCCACCCCAGAGUUUCUCCCCUCAAGGUCAAUAUCAGAACCCGUCAACGUCGAGCGUGCUCUUCCCAGGACCCUCGACCAUCCCCCAGCAGCCCCCUCAAGCUCAGCUGUUCCCCUCCCGAUAUCAGCCAGCCGACUACACCUCAGCUGGUCUGCCUCCGAACCAUUUCUCGGCUUCUGCUCCUCCUCCCCCACCCCCUCCCCCUCAAACCAACCAGAACUAUGUCCAGUAUGGGCCGCAAACCUUUUCCCCGGCCAACUCAUUCUCACCUCAAAUUCAGUCGAUUUACUCUUCUCCCAUCGACCAGUCGCGGCCGAGUUUCCGCCCUAGCAUUCAAGAACCCAAUUUCCGUCCCACAACCCAAGGGUCUCAGCAGAAUUACCCUCCCCGGCCCGACAUAGAUCUCCCGCCACAAAUUCCCCUCUCGUAUUCUCCCCGCCCCGAUGGGCUAGAGGCCCCGAGAUUCCCACCUCGACCGGAAGGGGUCACGCCCACGCGAGAAACGCAAUUCCUGACCCGGCCCGAGGCUCAGAGCCAACCGGCACCGAAUCUUCCGCCUCGACCCGACGUCGACCCUCUGCCUCAACGUAUCCCGAUCCGACCUGAUGCAGAUGUUCCGACGCGACGUCCUGCGGAUGGAAGACCCAAUCAGGGCGAUGCUCCGGGUCGCGAAUUCUUCUCACAGCCCGACACCAAUUUCUCUCCCCCGAUCCGCACUGCACCUCCCCGUCCCUUAACAACACCUCCCCCUCCUCCACCACGACCUACUCCACCUCAAUUCAGACCAUUGCCGUCAACCAGGCCCCCGCCUCCAGCUCCGGUUUCUCUGGCUAGUCCGGGCCAGUCGUACGGAAACAUCCGGCAACCCUUGAACACCGUCGCGCUCCCUCCACAAGCAUCACUCCCGAUCGGGAAUCAGAUCGGGGCAUCUGUUGCGCCAUUCCCUUUCGGCCACGAUGGACCCGGUCCCAAUCAACAAUUCCAGCCGGGACAGCUCUUCGAGACCCAGCCUGCGACUCGAGCCCCGGUCCAGCCACCUGCAAGACCCCAGCCAAUCGCUUUCCCAAGAGCUCGGGAAACCAGUUACGAGUACACGUUCCCACCGAACUCGCCAGCCAGCCCCCCCACCCACAAGUCCGGCGCCCACCCGAGCUCCUCGACAACGUCUCGGCUCAUAACGAAUCGCGAGGAAUCUGGGCCCGCGCAGAGCACCGCGACUGUAGUUCGACCUCCCUUCAUCCCGAAUGUUCCACAAGGCCCCGCCAGCCCUCCAGGGGCAUCUGUUGAACUACCCCCUGGCGUUCCAGCUGAAUACGACCCUAAUAAUCCAUAUCCCGUCCCUCGCAAGCCCUUACCGGGAUCGCCGCCGCCGUCCCCUCGCCCGAACAAUGCUCAGUUCCCGGUCCUCGAGAACCUUCCCUAUCCGAAGAAAAUCGAAGGCCCAGAGUUGAGGCCGCUAACUGAUAAGCCGAGGGAAUCGAGAAUCCAGGCGAACAGGAGGCGCAACCCGAUCGUGAGCAGCGAAGUCGUUCCCGAGCAAGGACGAUCUGUGCGGCCCGUCUCGGGACCAGCUAUUAUCACUCCGAUUCGUAUUCCCGCCCGGGAAGAGGAUCAGCAGAAGCCAGAAACCGCGAGACCAAAGAACAAACGCCGCCGUAAGAAUCGUAGGAGGUCAACCACCCCAGCUCCGACGUCUGUGAGCGAACAGACCACCGAGAAACCCCUCACCGUGCCCCCCCAAAAUCUGGAAACGACAUCUCCGCCAUCGGCGACGCCGUCGUCCACAACAAGCUCGACUCCGAGGCGUCGACGCAAUCGUCGCAAGAAGCACCGCACCACCUCAGCCCCCGAGUCCUCCACCACAGAUUCUUCGCUCGAAGACGAAGAUGCUCCGCCAAACAGGAGUCGACUCGGGAAAAAUCGCCUGUGAGUUCGGGCCACACAAUCCGAGAAUAUUCGCGAAGGAAGUUAUCUGGAAGUAUGUACUUGUCGGCAGAGCCCUAUCUGACGAGUGAAAAUGAAUGGCAUGUCUUGUGAUAUCCGUGUUGAAUAUUGAUCCUGGCUAUGAACACAAUCUUGUGAUAUUACUCUCGUUGUAUCGGAGGGAUAUAAAUAAAUGAAUCUCCGAUUACAGU